AUGUUUUUUUCCGUAUCCCAUUCGGGGUGGCGCAUGCAGAAAGGAUACGAAAUCGGUUCGGAAAAAAGUCUGGGUACUGUCGGCAGUAAGUUCUUGUGCUUGUCUGUUCCAAUUCGUUUAGCCACCAUACAUGGUGUAUUGGCCAUCGGAUCACCAGAACAAAUUUUUAGGGUGCUGCUUCACACAGGGACAUCUACCACAUGGGUCACGUCAGUGGAUUCUGAUAUUCCAUCCCGGAACUAUCGUAGUACAUUCAAUCCAAAAGGAUCGCUUACAGGAAGGUCCAUAAUGUCUUUUUUCGAAGAGGCAUAUGGCCCAUGUAGAAUAUCUGGGACCAUCUAUGUGGACAAUAUGAAGGGUUUUGAGAUGGGAAUUCGCAAACUUACAAACUGGAAAGUUUUACUGGCUCAAUUUCUGCGCCUGCCCAUAUUUUUCUCGUGA